CCCGCGGGUCUGGCAAAAAGCGGCCUAAGACGGGGAGGGAACCAAAUUUCAGUGCAGGGCAAGUUGCCCGCAAUCCUACAACACCAUACCUAGCCUCUCAGCACAAUUUGAGUUGGCUACUCCACGGGCGUCUGAUCUGAGAAUAUUGUCGCCUUACAAUGGGCCCUAAGAAAAAGUCUGACGCCCGUGGAGGCGUCCCAAAGCCUGGCACAAAACAGGCGAAGGCCGCCGCCGAAAAGGCGAGCGAGACUGCAAAGAAAGCCCCGCCAGCGGAGGAGCAGAAAAAGCCUACAGUCAAGCAGGUUAUUGGUGGCGCAUCGUGGACGGGGAAACUACCUGUCAAUCUAAUGUCAGAGCACUGUCAGAAGCAGAAGUGGGAGAGGCCGGAAUACACGAUGGACAAGAUUCCAGAUGGGUUUAUAGCAUCGGUUAUCCUCAGACGUACCGACCCUAAAACUCGGGAAAUAACCACCCUUCCUCCCAUGAAAUUUCCGUCAGCGCACAAGAAACUAGCUGCGCAAUCUACAGCAUUGGAGGCUCGACAUUUUGCUGCAACAUACACCUUGUUUCGCGUGUGCAACAAGACAAACAUGCACAUGAUGCUUCCGCCCACCUACAAGAAGCUCUGGAAGGAGGACUUUGAAAAGAUAAAAGCGGAAGACAUCAAAAGGGGGGAUACUUGGAUGUACGAGGCGGAUCCAUUCCUGGCCAAGAAGGAGCGAGAAAUUGCAGCUGCGGAGCUAGAUAAGAAACAAAGGGAGCGGGAGGCAGCCAAGGCAAAGACCGCCGACAAUGGGGUGAAUUUAAGCCUGGGACCGAGUGGUAAGAAUAAAGGGAACAACAUUUGGUCGCAUGCACCCAAAGUUGAUCUAGGAGGCAAGGUUCGCCGUGAGAUUGAGGGACUGUUGCAAGAACAUACCAUAUGGAAUCCUUACAACGUGAAGAUUCUCGAAUCUGAGCGUAAAGCCAUCAGCGAGGAGUUUACAAAGUUGGGCUUCCGACGGAGUCACGUUGAAGAGGCAAGCACUGCCUGCAAAGACCGGGAAGAGGUCCUUGAGUGGCUCCUUAUAUAUGUUCCAGAGGACGAUCUGCCACCUUGGUGUUUACCAGAAAGAUAUUCAGCGGGCGUGACGCUGGCAACCGAUGACCUUGCAAGGGAAGCCAAGAUCAAACGGCUCGCAUCUGUUGGAUAUCCGGCGGAUCUUUGCGCAAGAACCCUAGAUAGCAACCAUGGCGAUGAAUUUGCAGCAGCAGCGUUUCUGCAGAGCACUCUUGUGCAUGGGAGCUCCUCUAAUGACACACUCUUCUUGGAUGCUGAAGACUCCUGGGCUGAGGAACAGGAAACUUUGGAGGCUAUCUUUGGGGAACGAUAUUCAUCAAAAUCAUCCAAGGUCUGCGAAAUUAUAAGUGAAUCAGUCGAUAUCGCUGAUUCAUUAUGCUUCCGAUUUCAAAGACCUUCAGGACACUAUCCAUCGUCCGUUCCGGUGAUUUCAAUCCAAGCCAAAGGUAUUCCAGCGUACAUACGGCUUAGUGCUAUUCGACAGGCCGUGCAAUAUGCGGAGGGAAAUUUCCUCGGAGAACCGAUGGUUUACAAUUUAAUAGACUGGUUCGAGACUCAUCUCCCCGAGAUCAUUGAAAACCCUGGGAGACUGCGAGAUAUCGCCUCAAUCGCAGCACCUCAUUCGCCUGCCGAGCCUACAUCGGAACUUCCUGUCCGUCAACGAGUUAAAAAGACUAAGGAGGUCGCCUGGACACCCGAUUCGCCCCAGAGCAUUUCAAUCAAGGAAGCUUGGGAGAAGAAGCAGUCAACCAAAGCUCAACAGGGGAUGCUUCAACAACGGGAGUCGCUGCCAGCAUGGAAUACGCAGGAUGCAAUUAUCCGUGCGGUGAAUGCCCACCAAGUCACCAUUAUCUCAGGAGAAACAGGUAGCGGCAAGAGUACCCAGUCAGUCCAGUUCUUGCUUGACGAUAUGAUCAAGCGUGGCCUCGGUGGUGCUGCUAAUAUCGUUUGUACCCAACCCCGGAGGAUCUCUGCACUAGGCUUAGCGGACCGAGUUAGUGAUGAACGAUGCUCAUCUGUUGGAGAUGAGGUUGGAUAUAUCAUCCGAGGCGAAUCUAAGGUUAAAUCUGGCACCACGAGGAUCACCUUUGUUACAACCGGUGUAUUACUUCGUCGAAUUCAAUCCGGCAGCGGCUCCGGAAAUAUUGCCAGCUCCCUCGCAGAUGUCACACACGUUGUAGUGGAUGAAGUCCACGAACGGAGUCUUGACACUGACUUCCUCCUAGCUCUUUUAAGAGACAUACUUCGCACUCGCAAAGACCUCAAAGUGAUUCUGAUGAGUGCAACCCUUGACGCAGACAUCUUCACCAAAUAUUUUGGUGGUCCUCAGUCUGUAGGCUUGGUCAAUAUUCCAGGCCGUACCUUCCCCGUCGAUGAUUAUUACCUGGAUGAUGUUAUCCGCGAAACUGGAUUCUCGCCAGAGUUAGCUGAAAGAGGUUAUGAAGAUGAUGCAGCCCCUUCAUUUGCUGCAGAGGAAUCUCUCGGAAAAGUUCUUCGUACAAUGGGAAUGGGAAUCAACUAUGAGCUGAUUGCGGCCACGGUCCGAUACAUCGACGCUCGGCUGCAAGAUCAGCCGGGAGGCAUUUUGAUCUUCUUGCCCGGAACCCUAGAAAUUGAAAGAUGUCUGGCUGCCGUCAGAAAGAUCCCCAAUGCCCAUCCUCUACCACUACAUGCCUCCCUUCUACCAGCCGAGCAGCGGCGCGUGUUUCUAAGUCCCCCGAAAGGAAAGAGAAAAGUCAUCGCGGCAACCAAUGUUGCUGAAACAUCUAUCACAAUCGAGGACGUCGUAGCAGUCAUUGAUACUGGUCGUGUCAAGGAAACCAGCUACGACCCCAAAGACAAUAUGGUUCGCUUGCAAGAGGUGUGGGCAUCUCAGGCAGCUUGCAAACAACGACGAGGUCGAGCUGGUCGUGUUAGGGCUGGUGUAUGUUACAAACUCUACACCCGUAAAGCAGAGUCGAGUAUGCCGCAGAGACCAGACCCCGAGAUUCGCCGUGUUCCGCUGGAACAAUUAUGUCUCUCCGUACGCGCCAUGCAGGGAAUCAACGACGUCGCCAUGUUCCUCGCAAACACAAUCACACCACCCGAAAGUAUCGCGGUCGAAGGAGCCCUAAACUUCCUCCAUCGAGUCGGAGCCCUAGACCACGACAGGCUCACUGCCCUCGGACGAUACCUCUCUAUGAUCCCCGCCGAUCUAAGAUGCGCUAAACUCAUGGUCUACGGCUCCAUCUUUGGCUGCAUCGACGCUUGUAUCACAAUCGCAGCCAUCCUGACCGUCAAAAGCCCCUUCGUUUCCCCCCGCGAUAAACGAGACGAAGCGAAUGCAGCAAGAGCCUCGUUCUCCAAAGGCGAUGGCGACCUCCUAACAGACUUCGCCGCGUAUCAGCAAUGGUCCGACCGCGUGAAGGCCCAGGGCUACUGGUCCACGCAAUCUUGGUGCACAACCAACUUCCUCUCCCACCAAACUCUCCGAGACAUCUCCUCCAACCGCGCCCAAUUUCUUACGUCCCUCAAAGACGCCGCUAUCCUCCCAGUCACCUACUCGGACUCUAACCCCAGCUCCAACGACAGCCGCUGGAAUCAGAAUGCCGGAAACCGCAGCCUCCUCCGCGCUCUUGUCGCCGGCGCCUUCCAGCCCCAGAUCGCACGCAUCGCCUUCCCAGACAAGAAAUUUGCCAGCUCCGUCACAGGAACCGUAGAAGUCGACCCGGAUGCGCGCACAAUCAAAUACUUCAACCAAGAGAAUGGCCGUGUCUUCAUUCACCCUUCAUCGCUCCUUUUCUCCGCACAGUCCUACCCCGGCGCAGCUGCCUACCUGAGCUACUUUACCAAAAUGGAAACAUCCAAAGUAUUCGUCCGAGAUUUAACCCCAUUCAACGCAUACUCGCUCCUCCUCUUCUGCGGCUCAAUCGACCUCGACACUACAGGCCGAGGCCUCAUCGUUGAUGGCUGGCUGCGUCUCCGCGGCUGGGCCCGAAUCGGUGUCCUAGUUUCUCGACUGCGCAUGAUGGUCGAUGAAAUCAUCGCGAGCAGAAUCGAUAACCCGGCUGCUUUUCUUGAUUCUACUUCCUCCCUGUCUGGAAACAGAUCCGGGGGCCAGAAGAGCCGUAUCUCGGAUCUGGUGAUUGAUGUUGUGAAAAAGUUAAUAGAGUAUAAUGGGCUAGAUCAGUGAGCGAGUUUUGCUUCUUGUUUUCAGACUGCUCGGGGUUGGAUCAUAAAAGUUGGCUAUGUUUUGGGAACUGAAUGAUCUGAUAUGCCCUAGGUAUUCUAGAUUUGCUUUUAAUCUAUCUUUCGGGUAGAUAUAUAGAUAUUGGCGUAUACACCACAAUGAUAGAAAGGGCCCUUUACGUGAAUCGGGUAGCUAUAUGUCUAUCAUGAAGAAUAAGACCCAGUGGAGAUUUACCCUACGACUAUGGUUGUAGAGAAUCAAUGGGUAGACUAGAUCCAAUAUCAUUAAUGUAGCGCCAUAAUGCCGGUGCGAUAAGCCAUAAGAGAUGAAUGUUUCGAAGAGAAAGAGAUAAAACAGUACCCCAAAAUAAACAAAGGGAAUAAAGGGUAAUGUUGAGGCCCGCGUCCUGGCUCACUAGUC